CCCAGCCCUUACUCAUGAAUAUUCAUCAUGGAUAUCGCCGGUGAAAACAUGGCGAGCCAUCGGAGAAUUCAUCCAUUUCACAACAAAUGUGGAUCCUUAAUUUCAUUGAGUGAUGACGACAAAACAGCAAGACGAAAUGACUCCAGACAAGAAUUCAAUAACGGGCUAGUAUUUAGCAAGAGACCUCUAAAAGACGAUGAGAUUUAUGAAGUCAGAAUUGAUGAGAAGGUUGAGACAUGGAGUGGAUCCAUUGAAGUAGGAGUGAUCUCUUUGGACCCGGACAACCUGGAGCUUCCCCCCAGUGCCACAGCACUCUGCGAGGGAUCCUGGAUCCUCUCCGGAUGUACCGUUCUGCGCAACAGUGAGUCCAUCCUGGAUGAAUAUGCCUGUGACCUUGAUGCCUGUGCCCUAGGAGACCGGGUUGGUGUGCAGAGGAAGAGGAACGGUGAGCUUCGGAUCUACCUGAAUGGUGUUGAUCAGGGCAUCGCUGCGUGCAAUCUACCCAAGAAGGUGCACGCUGUGGUGGACUUGUAUGGCAAGUGCACAAAGGUCACGUUGGUAUCUUCCCCAAGAGUUAUAGAAAUGAACAAUAGUGAAAUGGCCCUAUCCAACCAAGAACUAGAUUCCUGUCAGGAUACAGACUCUGAUACAGAUGAUACAUGUGGAGAAUACAUCGACGACUUGAUAUGUGUAGGGGAGGAUGAAGAAGAGAACAAUGAGAAUGGUGACAAUAAUGAUGAUGGUGAUGUUGAUGACGAUGAUGAUGACGACGACGAUGACGACGAAGAUGAUGAUGAAGACGACGAUGAGGAGGAUGAAGACGAGGAGGAGAGUUCAGUUGGCGAUGAAGAUAACGAUUCUUGUGACGACGAUGACGAGGACAAUGAGCGUGAGAAUGAGCAGGAGAAUAAUAACAUUGAUGCGGAUGUGAACAGUACUGAUUCCGACGAGCCUGUCGCGGCUGCCGCAGCAUCGCUUAAUACACCGUUGUGUUUCCACGCAAGACACGGGACCAUGAUAAGGUUAAAGAAUUCUGGGAAAACUGCAGAGAGGACCAAUGCAAUGGAUGAAUUCAACAAUGGUGUGGUGAUCACGAACAGAGCUCUGAGGUGCAAUGAAAUAUUUGAGAUCCGUAUUGAUGAGUUAAUAGAUAAAUGGUCUGGAUCUAUUGAGAUUGGAGUAACAACACACAACCCUGAUACUCUCGAAUUCCCAGCCACCAUGACAAACCUCCACACAGGAACUGUUAUGAUGAGUGGAGGUGGUAUCUUAUCCAAUGGAAAAGGAACCAAGAGAGAGUAUGGUGAAUGCACAUUAGAUGAAUUAGGGGUAGGAGAUCACAUAGCAGUUGUACGGAAGACUUCGGGUGAUCUUCAUUUCUUCAUCAAUGGACGCGACCAAGGCCUAGCGGCUUCAGACGUACCCAGUACAAUCUAUGGGGUUGUAGAUCUCUAUGGCAUGGCAGUACAGGUUUCCAUCGUAGAACAUCACCAGAGUACCAUGUUAGCAGCCUUAGACAGACGACUCAUGCAUCUUAAUUAUCUCAAAUCGCUCGCUGAACAAGAGUUACCUUUCGUCUUUGGAGAUGGAGAUAGGAUGAUGUCAGAACCACUUCUUUUCCAUCCUAUCUGUGGGGCACAUGCCGAGAUCAUCAAUGGAUACAAGUCUGCACAUAGACCAAGGGCUAUGGAUGACUUCAACAAUGCAGUAGUCUUGACAAAUAGACCCUUAAGAGAAAAUGAAAUGUUUGAAGUUAAAAUUGAUAAGAUGAUUGAUAAGUGGGCAGGGUCAUUGGAGCUUGGCGUGACAACUCAUUCUCCAUGUAAUCUAGACUUCCCAUCAACGAUGACCAACGUCAGGAGUGGUACAUGGAUGUUGGCCGGUAAUUGUGUCAUGCACAACGGCACCAACAUCAUUGAUGAGUAUGCCACGGAUAUGGACCAUUUAAAGAAUGGUGACAGGGUUGGAGUUGUCAGAAGACCAAACGGAGACCUUCAUUUCUUCUUCAAUGGCGUGGACAAAGGGGUCGCGGCUUCACAUGUGACCUCCAGUCUCUAUGGGGUAGUAGAUCUGUAUGGUCAAGCGGCAAAGGUCACCAUUGCUGACCCUGGAGAGAGGAUGCAAGCAGAGUCUGUGAGAGACGGCAUUACCCCAUCCAGUACUUUCACCGUUGAGAGCCCCGCCCACCCCCAGCAGAGGUUUCAUGCGAAGCAUGGCAAGAACGCUACCAUCAGCAACAAUGGGAAGAGAGCAUUCCGGGCCAAUCCAGCGGGCGAGUUCAACGAAGCUGUCGUGAUGAGUUGUUAUCCACUCACCAACGGAGAGCUUUUUGACAUCUGCGUGGAAAAGAUGGUUGAUAGGUGGUCAGGAUCUAUCGAGAUUGGUGUAACGACUAAGAAGCCAGAGGAUAUGGACUUUCCAAGUACAAUGACGGACCUUGCAUCAGAAACAUGGAUGCUCAGUGGGGCUUCUCUGAUGCAGGAAGGCUUUACAGUCAACCACACAUACUCACUUGACCUUGACACACUCCUUGAAGGUCAAAGAAUAGGUCUCCUUAGGACAGAAGAGGGAGCCCUUCAUUUCUAUCUAGAUGGGAUUGACAAGGGUGUGGCUUUCACCAACAUUCCUGAAGAUGUUUACGUAGUGAUAGAUCUCUAUGGACAAUGUGCACAGAUAUCUGUCUAUGAUUCAUCAAUGACACUUUCUGAAAAUCAACUCAUCUUGCCUCCACCAACAGUACCAAUUGAAACCAUUCUAACAGUACCAGGUCUGCCUCACAAGUUCCACCCGUGCAUCGGUUGCAACGUCUCACUCUCUGAGGACUCCUCAAAGGCCACUAGGACAGAUGCCUUCAACAACGGCAUCAUCUUCAGCUCUAAACCACUCAUAGAAGGAGACUUCUUUGAGGUUCAAAUUGACAGACUAGCCAGGCAUUGGUCAGGUUCCCUCUGUAUUGGACUCACCACGUACCAUCCUGAAGAUCCUCUCCUUGCCGAGCCACUGGCCGCCACCACCUCAGAGCUGAAGGCUAGGGGUACAUGGGUCAUGCAGGGGUCGGAUAUCAGGAAGAACGGGGUCAACAUCAGGUCAAACUACGGCCCAACGUUAGAAAGAUUAGAGAUUGGCCAUAAGGUCGGUGUAAGGUUAACAGCUGAUCGUUGUAUGCACAUGGUAGUCAAUGGAGAAGACCUUGGACAGGCUGCUGUAGACAUACCACAGGGUGUGUAUGCUAUUGUAGAGCUGUAUGGUCGAGUAGAGAGCAUACAUAUCAUCAGUUCCUCAGUCAGUCUCCCCAACGAGCCCCUUAGGGCGCCCUCAAUUUCAUCAAUAAGUGAUACGGAACCAGACUCAGAAAAAGAGGAUGCAUCCACAACAUCAGAGAAAUCGCCAUCCAUCUGUUUCCAUGACAACCAUGGGAAGAAUGCAUCGCUGUGCAAUAAUAACCUGACCGCCCGUAGGAUAGGAAGCUAUCAUCAAGGAAUCGUACUCAGCACCAAACCCUUGCCAAGAAAACAAACCUUUGAAAUCCAGAUUGAUAAGCUGAACGAGCAUUGGACAGAUUCCCUGAAGAUUGGAGUAACUGGAACGUCUCCUGAUAAACUAACAUUCCCGGCUACCGCAUCGGCCAUCAAGAAAUGCUCCUGGGUUGUACAGGGAGAAUCCGUCUUCCAUAAUGCCAAGAAGGUAAAAGGCAACUACGGACCCAAUUUAGACAAGUUAAAAGAAGGGAGCAUUGUUGGCCUGGUUGUAAGCAAUGAGGGCAGUCUUCAUCUUCAUGUUGAUGGAAGGGAUUAUGGGAUUGCAGCUGAGGACGUGGCUACACCUUGCUAUGCUCUGGUAGAUCUCUAUGGACAAUGUGAACAGGUUACCGUGGUAACUGAAGCAUUAGCUGCAUCAGGAGGCUUACAAGAUGAACGAGAGAAGGCGGUUCUUGAGAAUGGUUUGAAAGAGAAUUCCCCAUUACUGUCCUAUCAUCCAAUGGCUAUUACAGCAAGAGAUUGUGACUAUCAGAAACUGUGCAAUAGAUUCAAAGCAUCACUUGGCUUACCAGCUGCUUACUUUGAAGCAAACACCCGUUCAAGUAAAUGCUACUGUGAGGCGUGUCAUAAAGUCCAUGGAGAGGAGGCCUAUACCACCAAAGGUGACCCGCCUAGGGGGUACACCAGACCGUUGAGAUGGUGCAAGUUUGCCCUAAGAUUACACAAUCUUGCUGAGGAACUGAAUGUUUUUGAAAGCUGGCAUGUAGCAUACCAUGGAACGUCAGUGGGAUGCGUUAGGAAGAUCCUAGACAGAGGAACGUUACUUCCUCCAGGUGAUAUGAGUCUCGGACGUCUGUACCGGCCAGAGACACUCGGUACCAUCAACAAACCUUCUCAAGUACCUGAUCUCAUGCAGAUCUUUGUCUCACCAACACUGAAAUACGCUGGCUGUGAUAUCUUCUCACACAGAUGCAAAUUCAUCGACUCUCAGACGCAGAAAGAGCACUUUGCGAGGGUCGCAUUUCAGGUCCGAAUCAGGCCGGGAUGCUACACGGCGGGUCCACAGAGCAUCGGGGCCAACCACACAAUAGAUCCUUACAUAGAGAACAGCAGAAUAGAGUGGACUACAAAAGAGACUGCGUCCAUCGUCCUGUGUGCUCUUCUCAUAUCGGUAGAGUGAGGGUACAGAAAUAUUGUAUGUAGUCCCAUGUAUUUAUUUUGCUGCUGGAAUAGGAACGCCCACAGAGCAACUCACAAGCGAGGUGGCCCUUGCACGGAGAAUAGCUUCUUGGAGUCCGCACUGGAUGACGAAGCAUCUGUUAUCUUCUGAGGGCUCUAUUUGAAUGUGUUUGUUUGGAUGUAUUGCCAAGUAUUUUGCUCCUGGAAUGGGAACCUCUGUUGAGCAACUUGCAAACCUACAGUCCAAUUCAAAGCAUUCGCUUGGUGGAGUUGACCGCAAAAGAAAAGGCAUUGCGGUAUUGCUACUAUUAAAGCGUUGUGUGUAGUUCCAAGUAUUUAUUUUGCAAUACUGUGU